AUGAAGAUUCUUCUGGGUUUCUUCAUAUCCAUACAUCUGAUCACUUCUAACUCAAAUGGGUUAACAUUAAAAGGUCGCUUUAGUCCUCUGGUUGUUCCUCUGGGAAGUUCAGUGGUUCUUCCCUGUUUUGUUGACACACCCUUACCACUGGAGGAUCUGGAGGUGGAUUGGAAAAGAUUGGACACACAGACUCUCAUUCAUCUGUAUCAAGAUGAAGAUAUCAGAUCAGAGGCUCAACAUCAGGAUUAUCAUGAUAGAGCUCAUUUCUUCACUGAAGACAUUAAACAUGGAAACUUCUCACUCAUGUUGAACAAUCUGACAGCUGAAGAUGAGGGACAAUACACAUGUAAAGUUCACACUGGACAAACAUCUGGAGAAACUGUGGUGGAAAUUAAACAUGUUGAGCGUUUGAUAGUGUCAGGAUCAAGUCGCUCCUUUUCUGCAUCUGUGGGUUAUGAUGUCACUUUGAACUGCUCUGUGAACUCUCACAUCAAACCUGAAGAGUUUACUCCCUUGCUCGUCCGGAUUUCAAUAAAGCUCGGAGAUAUAUACGUUCUUCUUUAUCAAUACAAUGAAACUUUAUCAGAAUCAUCAGAUGAGCGAUACAGAGACAGAGUUGAAUUCUUCACUGAUGAAAUCCACAGAGGAAACUUCUCUCUCAGACUGAAGAGACUCACAACUGAAGAUAAAGGCGUUUACAUCUUUGAGAGCCUGUGCGCUUUACCUGAUGUUGCAGAGCGAGCAUGUGAACGGUGA